GAAUGCAACGAAAAAAUUACCGAUUUUUUCUAAUUAAUCAGCAACAAAUACAAAACAACAACAGAAAAUAAUAUAAAAACGAGCUCAGCAGCUGGCAAGUAAGCAGUUAGAGAGAGAAACAGAGCAAGCUUGAACCACACUGAACAGAGAGCGCAAGCUGAAUCAAGAGCGAGAGAGAGAGAGAGAGAGUUAACGUUUCAAACCAAGAACGCAUAAACAAAGCUGCAAACUGAAAAUAUUUGCCCCCAAAGUCCUGCAGACCAAACCAAACAUAAAGCAUAGCACGUAACGCAGGCGAAAUAACAACAACAACAACAACAACAACAACGCUCGUGUUUGGCAAACGUGACAGCAACAGCAACGUGACAACAACAACAACAACAAGAUGAAUAUGCUACACAGUUUCAGCAGCGGCGGAGCUUCCAGCGCUACAGGAGAUGCCACCAGCGAUGCGGAGCUGAAGGAGCGACUAAUAGCGAACGUGAAGAAGGAGGUGAAGCAGCUGAUGGAGGAGGCGGUGACCAAGAAGUAUGUGCACGAGGAGAGCAGCUCGGUCACCUCGCUCUGCGGCGCUGUCGAGGCCUGCCUCAGUCACGGACUGCGCCGGCGUGCCCUGGGGCUGUUCAAGACCUCGUCGACCACGGCGCUGAUACAGAAGAUAGCCAAGGUCUGCCCGGAGGCGGACUAUGUGAGCCGGCGGCUGCUGGAGCUGGAGCUGGCGCAGGAGAACCAUGCGGUGAGCAACAAGCGCUCCUCCUCCAGCAGCGACAGCAUCAUCAAGCCCAAGCUGCUGAGCAAGGGCAGCGGCAGCAGCAGCAGCGUCACCACCAUCAACACGGCGGUGUCGACGGUGGGUCUGAAUGGCGCCGCCACGCCGCUGGGCAAGUACCUGUGGAUACGCCUGGCGCUGCACGAGAAGCGUCUGGCCAAGAUCAUUGAGCAUCUGGUGCAGAAUGCGCAGAGCUAUUAUGACCGUGAAGCGCUCGUGGCUGAUGCCGAUUAUGGCUCCAUACUGAGCUCACUGCUGGUCGGCCCGUGUGCGCUGGAGUUUACGCGCGCCAAGACCGCCGAUCACUACUGGACAGAUCCGCACGCGGAUGAGCUGGUGCAGCGGCAUCGCAUCAGCUCCGGCAAUCGCACGCCGCCCACCUGCCAUCGGCCCAUCAUCAACUUCAAGCGCAGUCUGCACACCAGCUCCGAGGACACCAGCAGCGGCAGCUUCAAGGCCUGCUCGCCGGCCAGCGUGGCCAAGGACUAUGUGGAGUCGCUGCAUCAGAACUCGCGCUCCACGCUGCUCUACGGCAAGAACAAUGUGCUGGUGCUGCCCAAGGACGUGGCCGAGCCCAUGCCCGGCUACCUCAGCCUGCACCAGAGCGUCCAGUCGCUCACCAUCAAGUGGACGCCCAAUCAGCUGAUGAAUGGCUACAACGAUGUCGGCGAUGGCGGCGACAAGAGCUUCUACUGGGGCUAUGCGCUCAACAUCAACGUGGACGAGAUUGUCUAUGUGCAUUGUCAUCAGAAUCGCGGCGGCGACACCGGCGGCACCAUCAUCCUGGUGGGUCAAGACGGCGUCCAGCGUCCGCCCAUACAUUUCCCCGAGGGCGGGCACCUGCAGGCGUUCCUCAGCUGCCUGGAGACGGGUCUGCUGCCCCAUGGCCAGCUGGAUCCGCCGCUCUGGUCGCAGCGCGGCAUUGGCAAGCUCUUCCCCUGGCCCAAGAGCGUGCGUCGCCACAUCUUGCCCUCGGUCAUGGAGUCCAGCACCGAUGAGACGCCCAUUGAUUACGUCUUUCGUGUGGUCAGCAAGAGUCAGCACGAGGAGUUCCUGGCCACGCAUCCGAUACUGGAGCUGGGACGCUCGAGUCCGCGCCGCAAGCACCUGGGCAGCUGCUCGACCACGGGCAGCAGCGACUGCUCCAGCAAGAGCCUGUCGCUGGAGCAGAGCAGCAGCAAUCCGGAUCCGCCGCUCAUACAGGCGAGCCAGACGGCAAGCAUUGAGCUCGUGUGCUCCACAAUGCGGCGUCAGAUCAUCUCGCGCGCCUUCUAUGGCUGGCUGGCCUACUGUCGCCAUCUCUCGACGGUGCGCACGCAUCUCUCGGGACUGGUCAACGGACGCAUUACGCCGGAUUUGGCUGCCGAUGAGGAGGGCCUGACGCCGCAGAAGUGGCAGGAGAUGCAUGUGGAUGGCGUCGUGGCUGGCGAGCUGGAGCUGUACCGCUUGGUCUACUUUGGCGGAGUGGCGCACGAGGUGCGCAAGGAGGUGUGGCCGUAUCUGCUGGGCCACUACGCCUUUGGCAGCACGCGCGAGGAGCGGCUGAGGCAGGACGAGACCUGCAAGCAUUACUAUGAGACGACCAUGAGCGAGUGGCUGGCGGUGGAGGCGAUUGUGCGUCAGCGUGAGAAGGAGAAGAACGCGCUGGCGGUGGCGAAGCUGAAUGCGGAGCAGGCGCGUCUGGCGGCGAAUGCGAGGGCGGCACAGCUGCCCAAUGGCGUGGCACAGUUGGAGCUGCAGGAGGAGGAGGAGCUGGAGCUUGAGCUGCAGCUGGAGCUGGAGCAUGAGCAGCUGAUGGGCGACAAUGAUGUGUUCGAUGACAACGACUUUUCGGACAUAUCCGAUCCGGGCGAGGAGUUUGACUUGCAGGAGCAGCAGCAGCAGCAGCAGCAGCAAGAAGAGCAGCCGGCUCAGCUUAGCUCAGAGCAGGUGGUGCUGGAAUUCCAGAACAUCGAUGACAUGGAGCCGCUGCGUCUGCAGGAGAACUGCUUUGCCGACUCGGAGGCCGAAGGCGAAGCCGAGCUGGGACUCACGCUCGACAGCAGCGGCAACAUACUGAUGUUGAGCAUCAAGAGCUCACCCUCCACCUCCAGCUAUGAGACCGUUGGCAAUGAGUUUGCCGAGCUGGCCGAAUGCAAGCCGCUGGAGGAGACCGAAUUGACCGAAACGUGUGGCCAGCUGAGCAAGUUCCACAGCGCCGACGAUGUGCGUCACGACGAACAGGAGCAGGAGCAGGAGCAUCCGGCUGCAGCCACAGCGGUCAUCAUCACCGAAGCGGCCAGUCUAGAUGAUCUCGAUGUGCAAUGUGGAAACGACGACGAGCCCACCGAAGAGUUUACCUCGCGUAAAACAAGCCUCAUGUCGCCGCUGAACGAGGACAUCACCGUGGUCGCCUCACUGGACGCGCUGCAGGAGCCCAAGUCCGCCUGCGUCUCCCCAGCCAGCUCCAAUGGCGGCGUCUACAGCGUCGAGCUGCUCGAGCAGUUCGGACUGAAUCUGCAUCGCAUCGAGAAGGACGUGCAGCGUUGCGAUCGCAACUAUUCGUACUUUGCCAAUGAGAAUCUGGACAAGCUGCGCAAUGUGAUAUCGACAUAUGUGUGGGAGCAUCUGGACAUUGGUUACAUGCAGGGCAUGUGCGAUCUUGUGGCCCCGCUGCUGGUCAUCUUUGAUGACGAGUCGCUCAGCUACAGCUGCUUCUGCAAGCUCAUGGAGCGCAUGAUUGAGAACUUUCCCAGCGGUGGCGCCAUGGACAUGCAUUUUGCCAAUAUGCGCUCGCUUAUUCAAAUACUCGACUCGGAGAUGUACGAUCUGAUGGACUCGAAUGGGGACUACACGCACUUUUACUUCUGUUACCGCUGGUUCCUCUUGGACUUCAAGCGUGAGCUUGUCUAUGACGAUGUCUUUGCCACCUGGGAGGUCAUCUGGGCGGCCAAGCACAUUGCCUCCGGUCACUUUGUGCUCUUCCUCGCAUUGGCGUUGCUCGAGACCUACCGCGACAUUAUUCUAUCCAAUAGCAUGGACUUUACCGAUGUCAUCAAGUUCUUCAAUGAAAUGGCUGAGCGACAUAAUGCGCAAUCGAUACUGCAGCUCUCUCGCAGCCUCGUGCUGCAAUUGCAGACAAUAAUUGAAAAUAAAUAAAAUGGAUACGGGAAAUGGAACUGGAACUGCAACUAGCAAGGAUCAAGCUGCAAUGUAUGAAUGUGUGUUGUAGUUUAGUGUAAUAGUAGUAGUGUAGUUUGUCUGUGUGUGAGUGGGAAAGGCUCAACUGUCUCGGUACUCAACGUUUAGCUGUUGUACGUACUUCCUAAACAGUAUUGGAAUAUACACACAUAAUAGCUAUAUAUAUAUAUAUAACCAAUACAUAUAUACACUGACAGUUGUAGGCGUGUAUUCUAUAUAUUUGCAUUGCUGGGCAACAGAAUUUUCUUGUAUUUGUAAGCAAAUGUUUAAACGGCUGGGAAACGUUUUAAAAGCGCAGCAAUGUUGUUAAUUAAUUAAAAGCGAAAGCGCAAGCGAAACAAAAAUACUCGUGUAAGUCAAGGACGAAUGGAAAGUGAAGAAGCAAGCAUAAGCAGUAAACUAACGCCGUAAAGAAAUGUAGUGACCUGAAUACUAAAAACGAAUGCAAAUUGCUAAGAUUUAUAACUAUAAUGUAUACAUACAAUAUAUGUGAAGCAGUAAAAUAUAA